CGCCGCCCCUCGGCUCAGUCGUUCGUUGGAGCGCGUCCUGGCAGCAGCGCGAGCGAGGCGGCAGCUCCUCUUUCAGUGCUCGCGGCUCGUGCUUGGAAGCUCUGUUGUGUGCGCGUCGCGGAGGUGACCAUGUAGAUUGAUUCUAGUACCUACAAGCUACUAAAACUUGGAGUCGAGAGGUAAUGCUACAAGUCUGGAAAAAGUCAAAAUGGCAAUUACAAUAAGUUUGAUCAAAAUGAGUGUUGCAGUCUAUCUAGUGAUGGUUGGUGCCGUCUCCGCGAACUUGGUGCCAUACACGCUAGGUGGCACUACCAUCAUGGUGGACAGCAGUGUCCUGGGAUACAACAGUCCUCUCUUGAUGUACCUUCGGGAGGGUAUGCCUCAUCGUAGAAAUUCUGACGAAGUCACUGACAACGCAGAGGCCGCAGACACUGAAUGGAGCGAAACAAAAGCGGGCGCGGAAACCGAGGCCGUGUCUCCUUCCGAGCCGCCGACCGAAGACGCUGAGCCAGACACUCAGGCUUCAAAUAUUUUCACCAAUCAAUAUGGAUUCAUCAAAGAUGAAAAUGGCAAUCUGAACAUCGACGUAUAUCCCACAUCCCAGAGCUGGGACUGGGAAAACCAGGACGUUCUUCCCAGCGCCCACGGGUCCCUGUACUACGCCGUCCAGACCCCAGACGCCGCCCACGUCUCGCAGAAGAUCCACAACAUCGUGACGACCCUGAACCAGAAUAACGCCGGCGUGAAGUUGAAUGACCGAGCGCCCGUCGAUGCCUUCCCCAUCCUGCCCGCUCGCCCAGGAGACGUCCCUCCCGUCCUGAGCGAAAGCGGGUUUGCCGGCGUGUCUGUGAUGCACAAAGUCCCACAGGACACUGAACCCUACGACGAGUCCACGACGAAUACUGGGAAUUUCAACCUGUACGUAGAUGGUGAUCCCAUUGAGUCAGCGACCCCAGAAGGAGGCGUUUAUCAAUACGAAGAUCAAAUCAUUUUCGAACCACCGGCCUUCCCGCCCCUCAAUUCGUGGGCUAAUGUCGACCACAGGGUCCCACAAGAGGACCCCUCCGUGCAUGCAGCGACGGGUUUGCAACUAGGAAGUCCGCACGCGGCGCCCCUUGCACCCAGUGACCUACAUCGCCCCGGCCAUGACUCAUCGGGCGCUCCAGAACAAAUCGCUGAGCAAUUUAGCGAUUCGCUCUUCACUGCUGCUGACGAGGAUCAGGCAGAGAAUGUUAGAGAUGAGUCUUCAGUUACAAGUGCAACACAAGCUGCUGAUGUCGGUCUGGGUGUGACUCAACUCACCGAAGUCACGCAAGAUGCGCCUACAAUUGUCAGUCCUACUCACAUCACUGAUGCCAGAGAGGGCGUUUCUACUACCAGUGACGUCCCCAGUGUCUCUCAGGGCAGCGAUAUUAUCACUGAAGCGGCUAUUGAGUCCACCAGUGAAGUACAAGGCACUGUUCAGAGUGAAGUAAGUGGAAUUUCAAGCCAACAAACGGAAGAGGACGCUCUGAUUGAAGCCAGUGUAGCAAAUCCAACACAGAGUUCAGCCCAGGGCCAAGAAGAAGCCACAGAAAAUCCGCAAAACAGAGACGACGACUUCGGUGAUAAAGUCUCCACGAUCCCCGAUGUCCUAGAAACGACAGAGACAUCUUCUGAAGUGAACACGACAUUCCUUGUGGAUGAGUUCCUGCUUCAGAAGGAGGAAGAGUUCAAGCUCAAAGAAGAGAAGGAGAAGCAGGCUAUGCUAGCCGAGCAGCAAGCUCAUCUUGCUCUUGAAUUAGCAAUGGCAGACCUCUUCUCAGAUUUCACCAAAGAUGAAAAGACUAAUCAGUCCGAGAGCGACACCGACGGAACCGGCGGCGACCUUAGCAAAUCCGACGUUGACUCUGAAAAGGUAGAAAAUCCAUUAUUCAUUACUACCACAGAGACAACUUCCUCAGACCUGUUAGACGAGUCCGAUCAAAGAGCAGAUUCUCAGCUACAGGAAGCAAAGACAGACAUUCCUGAUAUCUACCAAACAACAACAGAAUCUAGACAGACAGACGACAAUCAGGAAACACAGGUCGACGAGCAAAUCGCCCAGGUAACAAGAGUAGAUGAACAAUCAACCAACGACCAGGAAACCAACGUAGAUGACUGCGUUGAUAGCACUGUCCAUCAACCCACUUUGGAACGAGAGUCAGACAUGGGUCAAGACGCGCAAGAUGAGCAGCUUGGCACCACGCAAGGUGCCCUGGUGGAGGCGCUCUCGGAUGACCUUCAGGAAAAGCAGGCGGACGACCAGCCUGUUACCACUCAAGGAACUGUAGAUAGAGAGUCCGGGGAUAUUCAGGAAACGCAGUUAGAGGAUCAGGCCGUCACCACUCAGGCACCGCAAGCAGAGGGACGGCCAGACGACAUUCAGAAAGCACAGCUGGAUGACAGCCAAAUCACCCUGUUUGACGGCCGACCAGACACCAGUCAGCAGACCCGCGUGGAUGGUCAGCUCAGCGCUUUCCCCGCGACCUUGGAAAAAGAAAAGCCGGACAGCACCGAAGGGACGCUAGAAAUCAGGCCGCUGCCCAGCCCGGCCGCCAAGCCCGUGCCCGCCGAGCCCAUCCCGUACGCGGACAACCCGUCUCUCCUGAGCGACUUCCCGCCGACGCGCGAGGAGCCGGCGUCCUCACAGGCCGACCUCCACUACUCCCCAGCCGCCGGCGUCGACCUCCGCCCCAUCACCUUGGACCAGGCGAACGGCGUCUACGUGAACGGCGUGAAGGUGUACAACGAGAGACACAACCCGCCCGGGCCCGAGUCCAGCCUCAUCAGCUGGUACGACCGCGACCCCAUAACCAUCUUCGACCCCCACCACCACUCGACGAAGGUCACGGGGGCCCCCGAGAAGUCUGGGCCGCCCAACCCGCAGGACAACGACAUCCAGACCGGGGGAGGAGGCAUCCCGGGCCACCAGCCGCCCAGGCUAGACGCCGACGACGAUGACGAUGGCUUUCUUCCCGACGAAGAGCUCAAUAGCACGGUGUCUCUGAAGCUGAACGGAGCUGUAUUCCACGCCGCCAAUCCCAGCCUCAUUCAGAAGAGCACAUGCAGUUGUGGUUUGCGGUUCAAUACAAAAAUCGUCGGAGGGGAUGUUACAGACAUAGCGAAGUAUCCCUGGCAGAUUGGCUUGGCUCAGAAAUACGACGGUUUCGUUUUCUGUGGCGGUUCCAUCAUCAACGAUCGAUAUAUUCUCACGGCCGCCCACUGCGUUGAUGGAAACUCUCCCGAAAACCUUGUCGUUCGCGUCGGUGAAACGUCAAGAACGGGUCCCGCAGAAACCAUAGAUGUCCUGGAAAUCAAAGUUCAUGAACAAUAUACCUACCAAUCGAUCGUCGCCUACGACAUUGCUCUGCUGAAGCUGGCUUGGCCUAUUGAAUUCUCCGAGUCGGUUUUGCCUGUUUGUCUUCCGGAUUCCAAAAAGAAAUACAGCAACAGGAAUGCCGUCGUCACCGGAUGGGGUAGAGACGGCGCCGAUGGGGACAUACAGCAAGAGCUACAUGAAGUGACAGUCACGGUCUACUCGACGAAGAAAUGUAGAAAGAAGUCGGAUUAUCAGAAGGAUGAAGUUCAUAAGGAUAUUGUGUGUGCAGCGUCGAGAAAUAAGGAUGCUUGCCAGGGCGACAGCGGCGGGCCUCUGGUGAUCCUCGAGGGCGAGUUCUACAGGCAGAUCGGCGUGGUGUCCUGGGGCAUCGGAUGCGCGGAGAAGGACUACCCAGGCAUCUACACUCGCGUCUCAUCCUACAUGAAGUGGAUCAAGGAUCAUACCCAAGAUGGUGUGCAGUGUCGAGCGCCUAAAAGUAAGACGAAGGAUAAGAAUAAGAAUAACAAGAACAAGAACAAGAACAAAAACAAGAGGAAAAAGAAUAAGAAUAAGCAGCAAAACAAGGACAACAAAGGAAACGAGAACGAAAACAAAAACGAAAAUAACAACAGAAGAGGAACAAGCCGCGCCCUCAGUCAGAUCUUGAAAAUCACAGGCGAAGAAACGAACAAACGGAAGGAAAAUAAGAAUAAGAAGAAAAAUGAGAGUGAUGGAGAGGAUAAAGGGUGGCACAGUCUCUCUCAAGCCAUUAAGGGAAUCGCUGAGAUUAUUCGAGAAGAAGCCGACGACAUUCCAACGCCAGAGCCAACAGUCGAAAAGUAGUCUCAAGGUCUCACAUCUUUUGAAAGUUUUUUUUUUUCUUUUUUUUUGACUCUACAUACCAGACCAGAUUGGAACCUUGCACGUACACUCUUCUGUGUAAAUUUGCACAUUUAUCGAGCAAAAAUUCUGAAAUCCUACCACGGCCGCGGAAACUUACAAUAAAAAAGCUUGAAUAUUUUUUUGCCUCGGCCGUGUUAGAGGUGUAAAGCCUUUUCCGGGAAACAUUAAACACAGAAAAUGUAAUAAAUAGAUGAAUAGAGUAAUGGCAAUGAUACCAAAAUGAAAAUCAGUUUAAAAAGUAAAUAUAAGUUUCCAGUCUGGUUUAGAGAUAAGCUUCUUUGGUUGGUCUCGAAAUGCUAAUAUGAAUGAGGCAUUUUAUGAGUGACUGGUGUUAUACUUUUUAGGAUAAAGAUAUGGGGAUAUGUUUUUGGUGGCAUUAUUAUUCAUAUUUGUUUCAUGACUCAUAUUUAUAUAUUAUAUAUACAUUUAUAAAUAUUUAUUUCAUUGAUUAGCAUUUAAUUCCCAUAGAGAUUAAUUCUAUUUAUGUGGCGAUUUUUUCGCGUUUUUCAAUAAUAUAUAAAACAUAAGCUUACUGUUGUAUGACUUGAAUACACGAUAAUUUGUU